UUAAAAAAUUAUUAUGAAAUUUUGCUUUUGCACAUUUUAAAUUACGCUUUCAUCCAAGUUGUAUAUUGUGUGGAACCGUUGCAUAAUUUCGAAUCAAAAAUACGUAAAAAACAUCUUAUAAAUUAAAUUAAUUAUAAAAAAUUUGAGGAAUAAACAUGCCACUAUUUAGCCGCAUUUUAAACAGAACGACAUCUUCAUUAGUAAAACAAUGUUUCAAUCAACAAUAUGCAAAUAGAUUUUUCCACAAAGGUACAGCUUGGUAUGCAGCCAAAGUUCAACAACCAGCGCCAGACUUUAAAGGAUUAGCUGUAGUUGAUAAAGAUUUUAAGGAAAUUCAGCUCUCUGAUUAUAAAGGACGCUAUUUAGUUUUAUUUUUCUAUCCCCUUGACUUUACUUUUGUAUGUCCAACCGAGAUUUGUGCAUUCAGCGAUCGUAUUAAAGAAUUCAAAGAUCUUAAUACUGAUGUUAUUGGGGUAUCAGUUGAUUCUCAUUUUACUCAUUUAGCUUGGAAAAAUGUAACAAGAGCAGAUGGUGGAUUGGGAGAAUUACAUUAUCCAUUACUAUCUGAUUUAUCAAAGAAAAUCUCAAAUGAUUAUGGUGUUUUAUUAGAUGACGGAAUUGCACUCCGUGGAACUUUUAUUAUAGAUCCUAAUGGAGUACUAAGACAAUAUUCUAUAAAUGAUUUGCCUGUUGGAAGAUCUGUAGACGAAGUGCUACGAUUAAUUAAAGCAUUUCAAUUUGUUGACAAGCAUGGUGAGGUUUGCCCAGCUAAUUGGAAUCCAAAGACAAAUCCUGCAACAAUCAAACCUGAUGUAAAUGAAUCCAAAGAAUACUUUAAUAAGCAUGCAAAGUAAUAAAAUAUCGAAUAAACGUUUAUUCUAAACUGUUACAACCUAAUCUUCAAAAACAAAAAAAAAAUUUUUAGUUAUUUUUUUUAAAUUCCAAAGUUCUAAAUUGAAUAUAUGAACGCUAUACUUUAAAUUUAUGUAAUCAUCUAUUUUAUAAAUCUAGAAUAAAAUACAGCUAAGUUAUCAAUUGGAAAAUUUAAAUGAUUCAUUAAAAUUUUGUUGAAACUUAAAAGCGAAGUGGUGCAAUUGUUGCGGAACCAAGUAAAAAUAAAAAAUUUUUAAAUUUUAAAA